AGUCAUCGUAUCAAGUCAAGAGAAAUAGUUUCUCUCUCGCUACUUACUUUAUAAAAGCAAAAGAGUCUCUCUCUCUCUCUGGGAUCAUCGUAGUACUGAACAAGUGCGAAGAAAAAAACAUACAUUUUUGUGUGUGUUUGAGUGAAGAAGGAAAAAGUAUAAAGAGAAGCGCAGACGACGAUCUGCCUACUCUGUCUGUUUGUCUGUGUGCAAGUAAGUAAUGUCUGAAGCAGCAGCACAAAAGGCGGCUUUCCUCGGUGGACUUGUUGUCUCAUUCAAGGAACAAAUGCACACUGAUGUUCUCGUUCAUCCUGGUGAUCAAUCUCCCCCCAUCCCGACCCACAAGGCCAUCCUCUCGUCAAGAUCUAAGGUCUUCAGGAACAUGCUAGACUCCGAUGAAUGCAAGGCCUCUGCUGAGGAAUCGAUCACUCUCCCCGACUUGAACCACGACGAGCUCCAUUCUCUUCUCGAGUUCCUCUACUCCGGCAACUUAAUUGCUCCAUACAAUCAGUACCGAGCCCUCUAUCUGGCUGCUGACAAAUACGACAUCGCUUAUCUCCAAGACGUUUGCCGCGACCAUUUCAUUGCAUCUCUCACCUCUAGGAACGUCCUUGACAUCCUGGAGCUCGCCAGCAUCCCUUCUGACACCAUCUUGAAAGCCGCUGCCAUCAACCUUGUGGUCAAGCAUAUGGAAGAUGUGGUUGUUCCCAUGAAAUACGAGACUUUUGUGCAGAGGAACCCCAAUCUUGGCGUUGAGAUCACCAGAGCUUUUCUAAGAGAGAUCAAAGCUCAAUCCAAAGACAGCAGAUCUGCUUCUUGUAAUCAUCGCCCUCACUCUCGCAUCUACUGAUUGAUGAACAAUAAACAGCUACUUGCCUAAUGUCUCACUUGCCAAAGGUGAUUGAUGAAUGAUGAUGCCUUCUUCUUCUUCUUAUUAAAUUUGGAAAGACUUUGUUUUAGGGAUUUAUUUCAAGGUGUUGGUUGAUACAUAUACAAUAUCUACUAGUAUUGUGAAUUUAACUAAAAUCUGUUAUAUAUAUCUUGCAUUGAUUAA